UAUAUUUUAUAUUUUUAGAAAUUGUUCCCAUCUUCAAUGACUCUCUUUUCUACCACUGGUCCAAUAAAAUUUAACAAUAAAAUAAUGUCAUUUUCUGCACUACCCUUUACUAUUACCAAAAACAAUUGUUACAAUAUUUCCCUUCCUAGAAAUUUUGAUAUACAUGGCAAUUCUCUUUCUUCUUCAUUUUCAUGUCAAAACUCAAUUCAUGGAAAUUUAUAUUCUUUAAAGAAGAGAGGCUUAUCCUUGAAUGCAUUUGAUGCUAAAAACUCAGAACCAAUUGAAGAAGAUAAUGAUAAGGCAUUAGAUGCAGUUAUGAAACUUUACUCUGCCUUCAAGAAUAAAAACACACAAGAAUUGUCUGAAAUACUUGCUGAUGAAUGCAAAUGUGUGUGCAAGUUCCUUUCAUUCUUUCAAGCCUUCCAAGGAAAAACGCAAGUGUUGGAAUUCUUCUCUCAUUUGAUAAGUUUAUUUGGUGACAAUAUUCAAAUUGUGGUGAAACCCACUUUGCAUGAUGGCAUGAAUGUUGGGGUCCAUUGGAAAUUUGAGUGGAACAAUAUACACGUUCCUUUAGGAAAAGGUUUCAGCUUCCACAUUUGCCAAACUUACCGUGGAAAGGCAGUUAUAAAGAAUAUUGAGAUGUUUAUGGAGCCAUUGCUCUACUUGGAACCCUUCAAAAUGCAAAUAAUUGCAAGCCUUUCAGAGAUCGUGAAGAUAAUCUCAUUUACGGGGUUAUCUGGAAAUAACUCGGAAAAGGCAAAAAGAAUUUUAGGCACUGUGUUUGCUGUGUUAACUCUGGUUGCCUUGUUAUUAUUCUUUAUGAAACUAGCUUUAUAGAAAACCUUGUUGUAGCAGUAAUAAUUUCCGUUGUAAAUAAUGUUAUGGUCAGUUAGUUUAUA